AUGCGCUCGCUUCUCCUCGUUUUUCUACUCGUCGCACCGAUGUUCGGUGGGUUUAAGCUAUUUGUCGUGGGAUUCGGUGUUUGCGGGCUUUUCCGCCUACCGUAAUCUUUCAUAUCGAUGGGCUUUGGCGAUUUGCAUGAUUUUUCUGCUUUCUGGACAAAAAAGAUACCCUAGAUUGCAGAAAAGUUCAUUUUUGCACAUAUUUGGCGUUAUCGUAACCCCUAAGAGCGUAGAAUUUUACAGCUGAAAUCCGAAUUCCACUUUUCGGCGGCUCCAUCACCAUCCGCAACAAUUCCGACGGAAGUUUCACAGUGGCCACCGAAAAAGUAGCUAAAUUUCGUAAUUUUCCGAUAUUUCCUUCCAGAAACUCCCGAAAAACGUCGAGAAACACACAAAGUUCACUCUGAUCAAUGGCACGGUCGCCGAUUUCGGUGAGUGUGCAGUGGUUGCCGAACAGGCACUAUUUUUGACGACAAAAUGCCGAAAAGGUGCAAUUCUUCCAGAAACUUCGACAAAUUCAAGCGGAAUCGCAUGGAAAAUCGAGGAAAACCCGGAACAUCAGCCGAAAAAGCGGCCUUCUCAGCGGCGCCCUAAAUCCGACGUUCUCAAUGCGUUGCUUUCAAUGUUUGGCCGAUUUUGA